UAUGGUACUGAUGUAAUUAACUCUUGGAUGAAAGCAGAAGAGAAUAUGUUGUUAAUGAGAGGCAGUAUGUACCAAUUAUAACAGAGAAAACCAUCGCCCAUGUCGUGGGAGGCUAAAUACGUACAGAACUUAGUUUUCUUGCAGGAACUGAGACAAGGCAUUGCUUCAACAGAAGCUGAAAAUCAUGAAACCAUAAACGAGCUUGUAAAGAGGAAGAAAGCGAUUUUAAAAAUUGUCAUGGGAAUUGAAAAAAGCUACAAGGUUCACCCAAGAUGGAGAAUGGGCGAGGAGAAAUUCAACGUGGCAGCAUUGUCUGUUCUUCGGGAUAGGCGAAACCAAGCAUUAGAAAAAUUAUACUCACUUGCAGUCGAACGUAUGUUCUUAUUAAAUUUGAAGCGAAAAUAUGCAGACGGCCAAGCAAUUGCAGAGAAAGUUUCUAAGCAGAUAACACAAAGGACGAAUUCUGCUAAAGUAGUUGUUGAAAAGUACAACGCUAGCCUUGCUGCUUGGAAAGACAAUGUAACUGGGUUGCCAGAAGAGCUAGAGUUUGACAAGGUAAAAGAUCCAGAAUCCGACCUAUAUAAGGAUUUCAGAGAAAGCACUUUGAGUGAGGAUCAAGUUCCAUAUUCUGUGAAGAAAAGCGCAAUAGAUUUGCAUAAUUUCAUCGAAAGAUGCAAGGAGGAAACAAGUUAUUUGAAAACUGAAAUGUGUAGGCUUGUUACGUAUCACCAAACCCAAAAGUCAAGUUUUUUAGAAUGGCUGAAGGACAACAAUGACUCGUCAUCAACCGUACUCAUUCGAGGAAUUCGGUGCAUACUUCAAAGAAAGAUUCUGGAAGAGGAAAACAAACUAAUUGUUCUUGGUGCAACGUUUGGCAAUCACCUACCAGAUAAUGUAUCAUCGUCCAUUCCAAAAAUCGAAUGGAGUCAUGAAAGCACCAUGCCCUCUACCAAACACGUUUUCGAGAACUUGGAUCAACUAGAUGACCAAAGGGAACAGAGUGAAGAACAGGACGAUGAGAUAUUGUCAAUUUUAGACAGUUCAGAUGACGAGGUUGAAGAUGAAUCUGAAAUGGAUUUCUAAAUAAAUGCAAAGCUCUCUGUAUCAUUUUGCAUGAUGUUUGAUGUACAUAAUAGGUUUUUUAAUUAUAUAUCUUGUCUAUA